AUGGCAGCAAGAUCCUUUGUGCUGGCGCCUCUUCGCGCGUCUCGACAGUGUCCUCGCUUGUACAAUGGCACUGCAGCUCCAUCUCUUGGAAACGGUGCUGCCGUGCGGGAAAGAUGGUCGGGUCUACGAGUGGAGUUUCGCGGCUCUUCAAUCUUCACAUUAGCUAGUCCAUCGAACUCAUUACGAAGCAAAUCCCUGAACAAUAACGGCUGCGUGACUCUGCGCUUGACGUCUCAUUGGCGCCAAAGUCUCGGUCCUCAAAGGAGAUGGCAUGCCACCGAUAAGCCCUCCGACCAGACUGACGCUCAAAAAUCUCAAACUGGUUCGAAGAAGUCACCGAUCCUUUCUCGCAUUCCCCUACCUACCAGCCACGAGAACAUCUACACGAUUCCCAAUAUACUCACCAUGACUCGCUUGGUUGCUGCCCCUUUGGUAGGGUAUUUCCUUGUUCAUGAUUACCACCAGGCAGCGUUGGCCCUAUUCGCUUAUGCUGGAAUUACCGACCUCGUUGAUGGCUACAUCGCGCGGCGAUAUAACCUGCAAACCGUUGUUGGGACGAUCAUCGAUCCCAUGGCUGAUAAGCUACUGAUGACCAUUGGAGUCGCUUGUUUAGCAGUCAAUGGCUCCAUUCCGGUGUGGCUCGCCGUCAUCAUCCUCGGUCGUGACGUCGGCCUUGCUAUAUCCGCGAUUUACUAUCGCUGGAUCUCACUUCCCCCGCCCAAAACCAUGGCACGGUAUUGGGAUUUCUCUCUCCCUUCCGCGGAGGUCAAACCCACGACGAUCUCCAAGGUCAACACCGCUCUGCAGCUGCUCCUUGUGGUAAUCAUUUCCAGUUAUUGCCUAUCACCCCCUUUUACCCUUCCUAUCUUGCGUGCGCUGCAAGGAAAUAGCAUGAGCGGAUACCUCGUCGCAGCUACUACCAUCUGGUCCGGAAUGAGCUAUGUCUUCUCCAGAGACGCAGUUAAAAUCCUUACAAAGGAAGAAGUACAAAAGCGCUUGGCAAGGGCCAGCGCUAAGAAGUCUAAUUGA